AUGACCUCUCCGCUUAGAUUUGAAGCUGAUAUGUCCAUGAUUGAAGGUGAGAAGCUAUCACCAAUAAAGAUUCCUCCAUCUAGACUUUCUACGAACACAACGAGCCCUGAUAUCUUAGCAAAACAUCCUCAUGGAUUAAGUGCUAAGCAGGAUGCCAGAAGAAAUACAGUACAUAAUGAAACCCCAAAGGGCUUAACGGCUACUCCAUUAACGAAGAAAGCAGAACCAUUGUAUUCGGUGAAUAAGAGAAUUCCAUUAACAUCACCUCGAGCUACUAAUCAACCGAACUUGGAUUCGUUGAAAAAAUCCAAAACGAAAUUAGACGCCAGAUUAUAUGAAUUAAAGUCGUCCAGCCGCCACGGUAGUCCAUCUAAUAAGGAAAACAUGCAUAAUUCGGGUAAAAGUACACAGGCCAGCCAAUUGUCUAGUGAUGUGAACUCAUCUAUAUCGCAUAAAAGUCCAUUUGAGUCGUCACCUUCGAAGAUAGAUACUCCCAUCAAACAGAUCAAUUCUUCGUUUGCGAAAAAUGUGAAGAGUUCUCCUCCCAAAAGUAGUCCUUCUAAAGCGGACAAACGUAGCAUUGAAGAUGAUUCUGUUAUUGAAAAUUCUCGCAAGAUUGCCAAAGUAAUCACUAAUGCUAAUGAAUCAGAAGUUUCACAUCAUAAAUCUGAUGACGAGCAUCUGAUCCAAAUUGACCAGGUAUUUAAUAAAGAAGAUUUGGUUGGUCGCUUCAGUUCUGGAGCUUCACCUGCUAAAUUACACGAGCCCACAGUCAUAGACGAAGAUAGUGACGGCGAUAUCUAUAAUAAUGAAGUUAACACAUCGCACACAAUGACGUCUAAAAUGCGUGGCAAUGAAAGUACUCAGCUCAGUAGGAUCAUAAAGAUUACUGAUGAGGUAGAUUAUGUUACACCCCAAAGAUAUACCGAACCAGUCGCCAAAAGUCCCGAAAUAAAUCAACAGCAUCGCAUCAAAGAAAACGUCAUCAAUAAUACAGAAUCAAAGGAGACCAUCAGUCCGUUAAAGAAUCAUAUGUUAUCGGUCAAUAGUGACCAAAAAGAGAAUCACGUUUCAUCUAAUAGAAUGGAAGACGAAAAUUCUGAUGGAUUUAAUGAAUUAGAAGACGAACCAACAAUCAAUUUUUUGUUAUCGCCAAAUUCAAAACCUGUUUUCUCGCUAGACCAUAUAAAAAAGGUUCAAGAUGAUCAUUUUAAGGAGGUUGCGAACUUGGAGGAAGUGAUCAAUAAUAAAAAUCAAGAGAUUUUAAAAUUCUCUGAAGAAUUAUCAGCCACAAAUAAUAAAUUCUUAAUAUAUGAUCAAAAAAUUAAGGAAUUGAAGCAAGAUAAGAAAAAAUUGAUCGCAAAUGAGAAUCUAUUAUUAAUACAGCUCAAACAUAAUGAAAGGGAAUUAGCUUCGAUGACUAAGGCUUUAAGGAUCAAAGAAAAUACUGUAACCCAAUUAGAAUCAAGAUUAUCCAAGAGUAAAAGUAAAUAUGAAUCUACUGCAAAUGAAUUGGAGUCUGUUAUUGAAGAAGGUAAUACCUUAAGAGAGCAAAUUAAAAGACUAGAAAAGAGCGUUGAAGACAAAAGCAUUUCACAGAAAGAAUACGAAUCACAAAUAAAGAUCCUUAAUGAUGAAAUCAAAGAAAAAGACACCGAAAUCUCGUCAUUGACCGAUGCUAAUAUCGAUUACAACAUUAAGGUUGAAAAUUUAUUAAGCGAAAAGGAAGAAUUAUUAACUGAGACUGGACGUUUGGGAAGGGAAAACAACGGAUUAGAGGAAAUAAAUUCAAAACAACAAGAAUUGCUAGAAGAAUUAGACAAGCUUGAGAAUCUUGCUAAGGAUAAGAUCAUGACUCUCGAAAAUACGCUUGAUUCCAAAACACAAGAAAUCAAGCAAGUAAUGACUGAGAAAAAUGAGUUAUUGACUAAAAUUGAUAACUUAACUGAAGAAAAUAAGAACCUGGGACGCGAAUUGCAACAAUAUAAGGAUGACGUUGAGGAACUAACGAAUAAAUUGAAUAAUUAUAAUAAUGCUAGAAGUGAUUUGGAUGACAAGAUUAAUCGUUUACAGGAAGGAUUAAAUAAGUCUAAUGAAGCAAAUGAAUCAUUGCAGAAUAAAGUAAGUGGAUUGCUUGAAGAAAUCGAAAGGCUUAAUCAGCAUGUAAGUGAGUCAGAAACUCAAAUGGAUUUGCUAAAAUCUAUUAAUACUGAAAAAGACGAAAUAAUAAGUGGUGAUACUAAAAAAAUGGGUGAAUUGGUUCAAAAAGUAAAUAAACAGAAACAAGUUAUCGCAGAUUAUGAAAAAGAUUAUUCAAAGGCAUUAGAAGAUAUCAAAUCUCUCCAGUCUAAGGGCGAAAAUACUUCAUUGAAUGACGAAAUUGAAGAUUUAAAGAAGCAAGUUUCCCAAGGCCAAGCCAAGACGAACGCAAGAAUUCAAGAAGUUGCUGAACAGCUAUACUUCGAAUAUUCAAAGAAACAUGAAUUGAAGGUUAAUCAGGUAAGAGCCAGUUUCAAGAAGCAAAUUGAUAACUUGCACUUUGAGAAGAAAUCACAAGCUAGAGAUAUUGAUAGUUUACAAAAGAAGUUAGAGAUUGUUAACAUGGAAAAAAAUCAAUUGUUACGUUUGAUCGAUGAAUAUCAAUCCGGCUCUGACCAUAAUCCUAAGAAGAAGCUAAGUCCCAAAAAAUCUGGCAUUAAGAAACCUCUGAGAUAUUAG